UGUUGACAGCAACGGAACAGCAACAAAGCGAGAAAAAAAUACACCAAAACAUUCGGCCCAAUUUGCCGGUGGUUGUGGGAAAAUUGCGUGUUUUAUUAGCGUUUUAUAGCGCAAAAAUGUAUCGUUGGUACUAAAACCGGUGGCUAUCGUGCUGGUUUCCUUCGCUCCUGCCCAGUGACCCAUCCAGUGACGGCCAGCCGAUGGAGCUGAUUGUGAUUUUAGGCGUUGUGGUGCUGCUGUACGUGGUGCUGUUGUUUUUCGACGGAUUUUUUAAGAGCUGCAUGCACUACCCGUACGAUGCAUUCCUACGAGGGACCGGACUGACGGUCAAGUUCCUACGCCUUCAGUGGCACACCACGGCCCUGAACCGCUCCAUCGUGAAAUGGAGCACAAAGUAUCCGAAAAUACUCGACUGCAGCUUCAAUGCGGGCGUCUACCUCAGUCUGGUGCUGAUGCCGUUUGCCAUCGUGAUGAUUGUCGUGUCUUCCCUGCAAACAAACCUUCACGGCCAGUCGGCGAAGGUAGUCACAACGGGCGGGGCGGGUGGUGGCGAUCCGCGCACAUCCGCGGCCCGCCGUGUGGUGGAGAUCGAUCUGGUGGUGCCGGGUGUGAACCUGCCCAUCAACGAGCUAGGCUACUACGUGGCCGCCCUAGCCAUCAACAGUGUAGUGCACGAGCUCGGGCACGGGCUGGCCGCGGUACUGGAGGACGUCCAGAUCCGGGGCUUUGGGCUGCACGUGCUGCUAAUCAUCCCGAUGGCGUACACGCAGCUCGACUCGGACCUGCUGAACACGCUGCGCCUGUGGAAGAAGCUGCGCGUCCUGUGCGCCGGCAUCUGGCACAAUCUGCUGCUCGGCCUGCUAACAUACCUGCUGUUCAUGGCCACGCCGUUCCUCUUCUCGGCGCUCUACCGCACCAGCGACGGCGUGAUCGUGACGGCGCUGAAAAACAACUCUCCGAUGGCGGGAGCGCGCGGCCUCGAGCACGGCGACAUCGUCCGCUCGAUCAACAGCUGCGAGAUCCGGCACGAGGACAGCUGGUUCGAGUGUUUGCUGCACACGAUCCACUCGCCGCCCGCCUACUGCGUCUCCACCGACUUUGUGCACCUGAACGACGAGUCCGUCCCGAUGUCGCACAAGAACGACGGGCUGAUCGAGUGCUGCGGCAGCGACAAUACCGCGUCCAGCUGCUUCGAGUACAUGGUGGACGCGAACGAGGACGACGUGCCGCUGCCGCAGCACAUGUGCCUCAACAUACGCAAAACGAUCGAGAACAGCUUCGGCUACUGCCAGCACAAUGGGCAGUGUGCGGAGGGGCACUGCUUCAAGCCGAGCAUCAGCAACUACACCACGAUCAUGCAGAUACGGCGCGAGUCGAAGCCGGACGUGAUCUACAUCGGCCAUCCGGGCGAUGCGACCCGCACCGUGCACGUGUCGCGCUUCAUCCCCAAGACGGGCCUGUUCGCGCCCCGGCUGGCCGACUCGAUCCAGCUGCUGCUCAAGUACGUGACCGUGUUUGCGAUCGGGCUGGCGUUCAUCAACGUGAUGCCGUGCUACGGCUUCGAUGGGCAGCACAUCGUCAAUGCGCUGCUGUCGGACGGUGCGAUCCAGCAGCGGAUACCGCAGAAAAGCAAGCGGGACAUGAUUUCGCUCGCGGUCAACGUGGUCGGCACGCUGUUCGUGUUCAUACUGGUGGCGAAGGUGUUCUGGCUGUCGCUCUCCCGGCUGCUGUCCGUAUGAAUGAGUGGCGUAGGGCCAUAAAUCAUCGCCAUAAACAAAAACACAUCGAAUUCCAUUUAUGUAGGAAAUUCACGCUUACGCUACGCAGUGCGCUAGCGGGUAGGAAAGCACACCGAGUAGGUAUGCAGCGGUAAUGCAAUUUUAAACAUUUUGACUGCAAGGUAUCAAGCCUUCUGUAGGGGAAGAACACGGGGUACGACGCAUUUGUUAGGCAAACAAUUAGUCACAUGAAAAUGGUAUAAGCAUACUAUUAGUAGCAGCUAUUACACUGAUUACAACCAUUUAUAGCAGACAAAAGAGAAAAAACAAGACAAAACAUACAUAAUGUGUAUUGAUAUUAACCGAUAGAAUAAACAUGAUCACGGAUCUAAAACUAAAA